GCCCAGUCUGGACUAAUCACCUGCUCAGCUUUACCGGUGUCCGCAUCGACACAUGCUGUACGUGGCUUGACCUUACUUGGUAACGUUCCUCGUUCAGGGCUCGAGUUAGAUGUGCAGCCACAACAUUUGGGCCGACACGAGUCUAGCCCCUUUCUAUGGCACAGUUGCUUCCGCGGCCGUGUUUACUGUCCAGACAGCAUACCUGGAUGCCAGGAAGAAUGACGCAAAGCGCACGGACCGCGUCGCUACGCGUCAUCCGUUGGUUUCUUUCUGGUUGAUACUGAGAGUAAUCGGAUGCGUGGCAUUACUGAUAUUGACAAUACUCUCGCCUUCCUUGAAGAAUGGAAGUUACGUUCGAUAUGAAGCCUGGAUUGUCCAGGCCUUGACAGCAUGCAUAACCAGUGUAAAGUGAUGUCUUAAUCGAUUUGACGCGUUCUAACAUGGAGC